AUGGGGCGCGAUAGAAUCAGCGAACUGCCGAAUGCUUUGCUAAGUCAGAUACUCUUACACCUUCCAAGCAAAGAAUCGGUCAAGACCAGUGUUUUAUCAAAGAGAUGGGAAUACGUGUGGCUUAAGGUUCCUGGUCUUGACUUGAAGUUUACUGACUUCCCUUUUUGGGGAGAAGUCUUCGAGAGCUUCAUGGACAAGCUUUUCAAGUUCAACCAAGGACGCAUGCAGAAGUUCAAGUUAAAGUACGAGCAUAUUAUCAAUACGUGUAGCCACAGGUUUGUGGACUGGAUCGCUACGGCUGUGGAUCGGGAAACUCAACAUCUUGAUGUUGAGUCUGAAAUGGCUCCUUGUCCGAGAGAUAUUAUGCCUCAGAACAUGUAUAAAAGCAAGACAUUGGUGUCUUUAAAGCUAGCACACGUUGCUCUUGAGAAUCCAGAGCUUGUUGUUUCUUUACCUUGUCUCAAGACCAUCCAUCUAGAACACGUUUGGUAUGGUUGGUAUAAUGAUCAAGAUGGUCUUUUGAUUGUGGAGAAGCUUAUCUCAGGCUGUCCCGUUCUUGAAGAACUUACGGUGGUAAGGAGUCAUGAUGAUGAAGAUACUCUGCCUCUUCUUCGUGUGAGGUCUCAGAGUCUACAGAUUUUACAUUUAAUGUUUGAUUGGGGAAUGCUCAGUACAGAUUUUUCUGUUGAGAUUGAUGCUCCAAGACUUGGUUAUUUGAGAUUUAGAGAUAGUCAGUCUGAGAUGAGCGUGGUAAAGAAUCUGAGUUCGUUGUUCAAGAUAGAUAUUGAUUCUGAAUUCAAUGUCAAGUUUGGGAUCACGGCUUUGGAACCUGAGGAUAUAACUAAGACUAAGAGAGAUACUAUUCGUGAUUUUCUCAAUGGUAUUUCAAUUGUAAGACAUAUGAUCAUCUCUCAGGCUACUCUCGAGGUCCUUUAUCUAUAUUCCAAAUUGGGACCAAUUCCCAAAUUCCAUAACUUGUAUCAUUUGCAGGCUGCGUUCUCCAGCUCAAUCUUGCAACUGUUGCCUGCUUUUCUUGAGAGCUGCCCAAAUCUGACAAACCUCAUCUUGGACUUUUCUGUUUCGACAGAGGCAGAGCAAAUCGACAUGACCAAUACGCCGCCUCAGUGUUUAACAUCGACUCUGGAGUGUGUUGAGAUUAACAAACUGAUUAUGAAGGAGGAAACUGGGGUUAAACUAGUGAAUUACUUCUUGAGAAUUCUGCAGUACUCAAGGAACUUUCUGUGA